UAAAGGUUGGCCAGACGGUGUUCCGAACAAUAGAAUAACCCACCCAACCUUCCUCUUUUCGUCCCGCCCUUUUUCUUCGUCUCCGGCUCGCGACAAGGAAAGGAAAAGAGGAAAAAAAGCCUAUAACGAUGCCGUCUUCAGAAUCCGCCGAGAUGUCGUCUAACAAGGCGGCGGUGGAGGAGCUCGAGAAGGGGAGCGCGAUCCAGGUCAGCUCUACCGACAAGCACCUGACGCGUAAGGUCCUGUGGAAGCUAGACACGAGAAUCCUUCCCGUCCUCGCCGUCCUGUUCCUCUGCUCGUUCCUGGACAGGACCAAUGUGGGAAAUGCGCGGCUAUACAAUCUCGAGGGAGACAUCGGCAUCACGGACCACCAGUACGACCAAGGUCUCGCCGUCUUCUACGCGACGUACAUCCUCAGCGAGAUUCCAAGUAACCUGAUCCUCAAGAAGCUCACGCCUCAGGUUUGGCUACCGUGCCUGACUUUCUUCUGGGGCGUGUCGGCUAUGUGUCUCGGAUUCGUCCAGAAUUUCGCGGGCUUCGCUGGCGUUCGUGCGCUUCUUGGACUUACCGAAGGUGGUCUGUUACCAGGAAUCGUUCUUUACUUGUCGACCAUUUACACGAGAAGUGAACUCGCUCUGCGAAUUGGUAUCUUUUACACAGCUGCGUCUCUGUCUGGCGCAUUCGGAGGCUUGUUAGCUCGUGGGAUAGCUGAGAUAGGCACUCGAGGUGGUCUUAGCAAGUGGAGAUGGAUCUUCGUCCUUGAGGGCCUCUUCACGGCUCUUGUCGGAAUUGCUUCAUACUUCCUACUCCCGAAUGGUGUUGGUUCGGCUAAGUUCCUUACUCCUGAAGAGCGCCAAUUCGCUGUGAGCCGACUUCAUGCCUCAAGCGGUAGCGGUGACGGCAACCACCGCGAAAAGGAGGCUUCUGAGAGAUUCGCCUGGUCUGAGGUGGCUCGUGGCGUCUUCAGUCUGCAAACUUGGUUCACAGCCUGCGCAUACUUCGGUAUCCUUAGCGGCCUGUACAGCUUUGGUCUCUUUCUCCCGACAAUCAUUGCGGGAUUAGGAUACACGGCAGAUGAAGCUCAGCUGUGGUCCGUCAUUCCCUACGCGGUGGCUUCGGUAAUCACAGUCGUCACCGCAUAUAUCUCUGAUCGAUGCCGCGUCAGAGGACCUGUCAUGCUCUGCUCACUACCGUUGGCGAUUAUUGGAUACGGUGUGAUCGCCAACACGAAGAACGACAAAGUUAAAUACGGCAUGACCUUCCUCAUGGCUACCGGUCUUUACAGUAGCGUGCCACCUGUUCUGGGUUGGCUCUCGAACAACUCUGCUGGCCACUACAAGCGCGCUACCACGAGUGCCCUGCAGCUUGCCAUCGCGAACUGCGGUGGAUUCGUCGCCGUCUUCAUCUACCCCAAGACGCAAGGACCAGCAUAUUAUGAAGGUCAUACCAUUAUCAUGGGAUUGCUGUGUGGUGGAUGGUUCUUUGUUGCUUGCAAUGUGCUAUACUGCUGGAAGAUCAACCGAGACAAGGCGAACGGCAAGUACGAUAAGUACCGUGGUUUCGGUGACGACCGUGACCCUGCAUUCAGAUUGGUUCUAUAAGUUAUCGACGAUUUGAGGGAAGGAGGGAGGAAAGUAAGGGAGUUCGUGUUUUGCGGGAACCGGCAAUGAUAUAUCCGCGAGGGAAUUAUCUUAUGAACAGGAAACCGGUCCACCUUACCUUGGCGUGCGUCCCAAGAGAAGGUUGUCCUCUCUUGGCCCUCACUGAGGUAUAUCACCAAAUACCCACGGGGUUUCACUAAGCUCUAUGAUAUGCUGAGAUAUCUAGGUUAUGAGAUACUGAAAGGUAUAGGCUAACGAUAAGGGUAUGGGCAUAGAAUUGGGAUCAAGGGGCUUUUAGGAGUUUUAAACACUUAAGUAACGACUGGGAAAUAUAAUAUCUUUAUAGUCGUGUUGUCCUUCGGUGCUGAAGCGUUAGCUUGGCUCUCUUGGCCUUCUUGGCCAAUUCAGGAAUACCCAUUUGUCGAGAAUUCGUUUUCAUCCACACAUGGUACCAUAUUAACUGACCUAGUUGGUUUACUUACCUGUGUAUAUGUAUGCAUUUCUAUGUCUUAUGAGGUUUUAUAUAAAAACACACGAUACUCUCGUGAGCA